AUGUCCACUCAACAACUGCAGAUUCCGACAGUAACAGAGGUGAGUGUUACCAAAUCAACCAAAGUCGUAGCUAGAACUAAUCGAUGCAGNGGUGACUUGCGACUCUUCCACGACAAACACUUUUCUUCCCUGAGCUCUGGAUCCUCCAACAGGCACUAUGACGCUCAAGUAGAAGUCGAGGAGAAGACCGAUGAUGACGAUCUCGGCUACUAUCCUGACGGCGUCAAGCGCACACUCACCGAUGACCAAAUUGCCAUGUUCAGACACAGUGAAAUCCAAACUCUUCUGCGAGAGCGAAGGAGAAAGCGCGAGAACGAAGAAGGCGAAACUAGCCACGCCGCGCCUAGCAAAUUUACUCAGCCGGUAGGUGACAUCAGCCCACCGAACCCAGCCGACGACACCGUCAGGCAGCGUUCUGCAAGCACCUCGGGCUCCCAAGGCGUAGGCAAGCGGAAAUGGCAAAGGUUCAUCGAGACGUCCGAAACAAAUCCAGAGUACCUGACUCACCGCAGAAUUGCCCGCGAGUUGGAUGAGCAAAAGGCAAGUUCCAUCGACUUGGCAUAUGGUGAUGAAGAAGAAUCUACUUCUACGACUAUCGAGAAGCAACUCGAGGCCGGCUUCGGCGCACAGGGCCGUCGAAAGCAAGUCGUAUAUGGUAACUCGGAUGAGUCUGUGCCAGCACAACCACCCUCACAAGGCUCUCACAAUCCAAAAUUCAUGUGGCCGACACUAGGAGCGAAGGAUAGCUCGGGAGAUUGA